UUCUCAGAGAGUACUAUCAGGUUCAGUCAUUCAUUCAUCCCCUUUCUCCCUCAGUUUUCCACUUUUUUUGCUGCUUGAUCCAUCAAAACUCUAGCUUUUCGUUGUUUCAUUAGGUUUGUUUGAUUGAAAUUCGAACAAAAACCCUAACUUUCCGUUGUUGUAUUAGGGUUGUUUGAUCGAACAAAUCCUAAGGCACUCUUACAGAUUACAGGUUUAUUGGGUUUUGUAUCUUUACUAUAUAAUUGCUAUGGGCAAAAUGUGCUUCAGUUAAUUUGUACUUGCAGAAUUGUAAGUCUCUCUUUCAUAUUAAGCUAAUCUACCAAAAAAAUACGGUUUGUGGGGCCGAUAUAAGACUUGUCAGCAGGAAGCCACGGGUCGGUGCGGUUGCACCGGGCCCUGAGCGAGUGCCACCGUCGUGUCCCCAAGGGUCCGGGGCAGGAGGCGGCAUGCCGCCACUUGAACCGAUCAUUGGCGGAGUGCCUGGUGGCGGAGGCCUGCCCCACCGAAGUGGAGGCCGUUCGGAGCCUCUGUUCCAGCGGUGGCACCGCUGUGAAGCGUUCCUAGUGCCAGCAAGCCCAGCACUUCCUCUCUCUCUCUCUCGACUAAAUUAAAAACCCUACCUCGCAGUCACACGACAUGAAACCCUCGAGAUUUCUAGUCGAACUCUAAAAUUUGCAGCCAUACAAACACAACUCCCCUUUGCUGAUCAACACUUUCCCAUUGCGAGUCCCCCUCUCUCGAGCCCUACCCUUCCCACCAAGCAGCUCUCUCUCUCUCUCUCUCUAAUUCGUCUCUCUCCCCCUUGCAUCUAUCUAUAUUGCCAAUACCUUGGAAGCUUUGGGUCUUAGCCUUAGGAAGCUCGCAAAACCCCUGCCCCGCAAACCCCUCUUAGCAUUCGUUCCACUAUUUUAUAAAAUUGGAUGAAACUCUAACUUUGUAUUAAGCAAAGGCACAAAGAGUGGAAGAGGGGAAAAGGCGCAAUAUUGUGUGUAUAUGUAAUGAUGCAGUUGAUGUGAAACAGCAUUUAUGGGGGUUAUAAAAGAGGGGACUAUUUCCGGAAAUUUUCCAAGUACUGAGGCUUUUGCAGUUCACUACCCUGGCUAUCCUUCAUCAACCACACGUGCUGUCGAGACUCUUGGAGGAAGCGAAGGGAUCCUCAAGGCUCGUUGCUUGCAGUCAAACAAGUUGGAGCUCCAUUUUCGCCCAGAGGAUCCAUACUCACACCCUGUUUUUGGCGAGCUUCAACCCUGUAAUAAUUUUCUCUUGAGGAUAUCUAAAAGGAAAGAUAGGAAUGGCCAAAAUACUGAGGACUUUAACAACAUAUCAAAAUGUGUGUCAGAAGACGAGAUCCAUAUUAGUCGUAUGAGUUGUCCCCAAUCCGUCAAAACUGAUCAAGUGAAUGAAAGUCAAAGUGCUUCAACUAGUUUACCGGCAGAAGUGGAGGCACGGUCUUCUCAAGAAGUGCAAGAUGAUCUUUCUGCUAAUAUUGUUUCUCGAAUCUCAGAGGCAUAUCAUUUCAACGGAAUGGUAGAUUACCAGCAUGUUCUUUCUGUUCAUGCGGAUGUUGCUCGGAGAAAGAAGAGAAACUGGGCAGAUAUGGAACCUCAAUUUGAGAAGGGUGGUCUUAUGGACGUGGAUCAGGAGGAUUUGAUGAUUCUAGUGCCUCCACUUUUCUCAAUAAAGGAUGUACCAGAGAAAGUCGUGUUAAAACCAUCAGUAAGCCUGAGCUCGAAGAAAAAACAAAAGGGAGUUAUUCAACACCGUUGGGAGAUGGAAAUAGAGCCAUGCCUAGCAAUUGACUUUUACAUAAAAGAGAUACCUAAGAAAGUGUCUUGGGAGAAAUACAUACCCGAAAAGUCGGAGCAAUGGGAGUGGCAAAUGGCUGUAUGUAAGCUCUUUGAUGAGCGUCCUAUAUGGGUCAAAAGUUCAUUAGCUGAGCGCUUGCUUGAUGACGGUGUACAAUUUGGGGAUCAUACCCUUAGAAGGCUUCUUUUCAGAGCAGCUUAUUACUUUUCAAAUGGGCCAUUCCUUAGGUUCUGGAUCAGAAAGGGUUAUGAUCCUCGCAAAGAUCCUGAAUCUCGCAUAUAUCAGAGAAUUGAUUUUCGGGUCCCCCCAUCGUUACGUAGCUAUGAUGUUACUGUAGCUACAGGGUUGAAGCAUCGAUGGGAAGAUAUAUGCUCGUUUCGGGUUUUUCCUUACAAGUACCAAACUUCAUUACAGCUUUUUGAACUUGUGGAUGACUACAUUCAAGAGGAGAUUAGGAAACCUCCGCAGCAGGCAACUUGCAGUUGUGCAACAGGAUGGUUCCCAUCAAGCGUGCUUGAUAGCUUGAGGUUAUGUAUAACUGUGAGGUUCCUCUCAGUAUACCCCAAAGCUGGUGCAGAAUCCUUGCUAAAAUCUGCUUCAGAACGCUUCAACAAGUCAAAGAGAAUGCAGAUUUAUACCAAGGACAAGAGACUUGAUGAAGAGAUUCAACAAGCCAAUGCAGAAGCAGCAGAACUGGUGGGCAACGAAGAUAAAGAGGAAUUGGAUGAUGAUGGCGAGGAUGAAGAUGAAGAAGUUGAAAUUGACGAUGACAAAGAUGAAGAGGAGUUGGACACAAAUGAGGCAUUUCAUCUGGCUGGUGAAGAUAUCAAUUUUGCUCCGAAGGCUUGUUCUUAUAUAGAUAAUGACAACAUCUCAAAGAACUACUUGCAAGAGCUUUUUGGUAGUUUUCCGUUCGGUGGAGUAGAUGGCCACGGAUUGCAAGAUGCCGACAACAGUGAUGGAGAAUAUCCGAUAUAUGAGCAAUUUAGUGAGGGCAACUUCUCCGAUGAUGAUGACUACUGACUUGCCAUUGUUUAAAGCAGUAUUUCCUCGGAGGCUGUCCUUCUGUUGGGAUUGCCGAGGUCUUGAUUCCAGCCUGGGUUAUUUAUCCACCCUUAGCAGAAGUCAUUAGAAGGGGAAGCUGUUUGUCUUCUAUCUUUGUAAACCACAUAACAACGCCAACUUCUAAUUUUUUGUUAUGAUGAUGAUUACCGUCAUUUUCUAAGUGUUUUCAGCAUGUUCAUUA